UGCAAAAAAAAAAAAAAAAAAAGAAGUAAAUGUGCUGAUACAUUGUUCUACAAAACACAUCCACUGUGACCUAGUAACAAAAUAAGGAAUUGCCCGUAGGGUUCUGUGGGUGCUUCUGCACGCACAUGAGUAGGUGUUACUGUAUGUAAAUACCGUUUGGAGAGCGGGAUAGGGAGAGAGGCCGGACUGAAGGAGGAGUUACACUUUAGGGAGCAAGAAAAGGAAAAAAAAAUCAACAGAUGAGUUUACUGGACAACAGGGCUGUCCUUGUUGUUUGCCCAGACUCCGGCUAAUUUAGGGGAAGAGAGGGGGGGAAGUGGGAGACGGAUAAAGACGAGCUGGAAGCUGAGCCUGCAGUUAGAGAGGAAGAAGAAGGUGACUAAUACUGACUGCUCUCAGCCUACUGUAAGUCCCCCAGCGGAGCAGGGAGGGGAGUGGCAUCACACUCCGUGAGCGCAAGUUGGGCCGAGGAAGCAAUCAGUUGUCAGUUUCAACAAGUAACGCGUGGCGGAGCUGGCUUCACCUGGAUUCACUAUGUUGUGUUUGGGAUAAUAGGCAGAUUGCUGAUCGCUCUACCUCUCGGGCUGGACUGUGGUGCAUUAACGUCGGCUCGCCCUCCCCUGCCCCCUCGGCCCCCAGCCAUGGCCUCACGCAUCGGGCUGCGAAUGCAGCUGAUGCGAGACCAGCUGCAGCAGGAGGAGCAGCGUGAGCGGCAGCAGCAGCAGAACAUGGCGAUGCAGUACAUGCAGCAGCGCAUGGCCGGGCCACCUGCACCCACGCCGGCCAUCAGCACCCCGCAGCAGAGCCAAAGCAUGCAGGUUCCCGUGGAGGUCCUGAAGGUACAAACCCACCUGGAAAACCCAACCGACUAUCAUAUCCGUCAGUCGCGAAGACAACAAGUGAAAGAAUAUCUUUCCACCACUUGUGCCAACAAACAGACGGUCCACUCGGUGGCGGGGCUCAUGCCGCCGUCUCCUCCCACAAACAUGGUACCCGCGGGGGGUUCUGCGUCUGCACCUCCGCCCCUACACUCCCCACACAUGCUCAAGGAGCAGCUCAUGUCAGGGAACAGCGCCCCCAACAGCCCCAUGGCCAUGCUCAACAUCGGCUCCAGCCACGAGAAGGAGAUGGACGAGGUUAUUGAUGACAUCAUAAAUAUGCAGUCCAGUUACGAUGACGUCCCGGGAUACAUGGACCCUAUCCACAUGCCAAACACACUCCCGCUUUCCAGCAGCCACCUGGACGUCUACACAGGUCCUGGGAUGAAGGCGCCGACCAUCGCCAUGACGAGUAACUCCUGUCCCGCCAACCUGACCAUCAAGCGAGAACUGUCAGACGCAGAAGCCCGUGCGCUGGCCAAGGAGAGACAGAAGAAAGACAACCACAAUCUAAUUGAAAGGAGGAGGAGAUUCAACAUUAAUGACCGAAUCAAAGAGCUGGGCACCAUGAUUCCUAAAACCAAUGACCUUGACGUGCGUUGGAACAAAGGUACCAUAUUGCGGGCGUCUGUAGAGUAUAUAAAACGCAUGCAGAAGGAUGUGCAGAGGUCCAGAGAGGUGGAGAAUAACUUCAAAAGGAUGGAGAUGGCCAACAAGCAGCUUUUGCUACGCAUCCAGGAGUUGGAGAUGCAGGCUCGACUGCAUGGCCUGCCAAGCACCUCCCCAUCUGGCCUGAACCAGAGUGAAAUGAUGCCUUCCUACGUAAAACAAGAGACCAGCCCCGAGCAGAACUUUUCUCAUGCACAGCCACAAGUCCUCCACCAGGCUCAGCACCUACCCCACAGCCAGGCUCAGCCCCAACAGCACCACUUCCUCCCCCAGACCCACCUCCACCUUCAGAACCAGCUCCAGCCUCAGCCCCGGCAGCUGCCGCCGCUGCCGCAGCACCUCCCGCCCCAACAGCCCAUCCAGUACCCAGCGGUGGGGAGCUCCCAGCCCUUUGACUUUGCCCAGUCGCUGGACUUGUGCGACGGGAUACCCGGAUUCUCAGACGGCAUGUCGGGACUGGGCGACCUGGCCGCGCUGGACGUCCACGGGAGAAGAGGCGAGCUCAGCUUCUUGAUGAUGGACGAGCCUUUGUCCCCUAUGGGUGGAGACCCGCUGCUGUCCGCGAUGUCCCCCGAGGAAUCUGUCGACUCCAGCCGCAGAUCCAGCUUUAGCAUAGAGGAUGGAGACAUCAUGUAAAAAAGUAGUCGUUGCAGUUACACUGUAUACAGCAUAAAAAAAAUAAGAAAGCCCCAAAAAUAUACACCUCACUCAAAACUAAAUGAAGGAUUAUUUCCCAGGUUUCAUUAUCACGUAUUUUUAAAGACUUUGUGGUACAGCUAUAUCUCUUUAAAGGUACGGUCUGAGAUAGAAGGUACACCACUCUUUAGAGUCAGAGCCGGCCCAAGGCACAAGUAAACUAAGGUGCUGCUUGGGGCCUCCAGCCCAAGAGGGGGCGCCCACAAGUGUUUUACCUCUUAGACACAAUAUAGAUCUCAAAAUGUUAUUAGAAUGUUUUUAAAAGAAUUCACUAUUAUUUAGAACAUUGCACCUUAAUUUGUUAAGGAUUUAGAUAAACUUACAGAAAUUAUAAUCAUUAUAUUUUCACAUUUUGAUCAUGUUAAGGUUGAUAAUUUUAGUAUUGCUAGUUUAAUAAUUUCCGCUGUUUGUUUCUGGGCUAGUCUCCUUUCAAAGACAAUGCCACUGCAAACUAAUCCGUUCAUAAGUUACAUUUAUUCGUAUUACCUUACCGGGGACCAAAAAUGCCACAAUUCAACACAUUAAGUUACAAAAUAAUUUUUU